AGGCAUUUGUCAUCAGCUACUUCCGGGUUUAACAAGGUGCACAAGUGGAAAAACAUUGACUGAUAACUUGGACAUUUCUGAAUUUUGAGUGUCUGUCAAGAUGACUUUAAUGGAAUUCUUCGGGUGUACAUUCAUUGCCUUUGGUCCCCCAUUGGCAAUGUUUGUUUUCACUAUUGCCAGGGAUCCCCUCAGGGUCAUUGUACUGAUAGCAGGGGCAUUCUUCUGGUUGCUAGCGCUGCUGAUAUCCUCCAUACUGUGGUACGCUGUGGUUCCCCUCCAGAAUGAUCUGGCGUUCGGGCUGGUUUUCUCAGUCAUUUUCCAAGAGCUGUUCAGAUUCCUCUUCUACAAACUUUUAAGGAGGGCUGAUGAAGGCCUUCAGAAAGUUAGUCUGACAGCUCAGACAGAAAACGUCACGCCUAAAGACAUCUCCAAUAAGCACAUCAUGGCCUAUGUGUCUGGUCUAGGCUUUGGCAUCAUGUGUGGGGCGUUCUCCCUCAUCAACGUGCUCGCAGACAUGGUUGGUCCAGGCACAAUUGGUAUCCAUGGAGAUUCUCACCUCUUUUUCCUCACGUCAGCAUUCCUGACCCUGUGUUUCAUCUUGCUGCACACAUUCUGGGGUGUCAUUUUCUUCCAUGCCCUGGACAAGAAGCAGUAUGUGGUGGUAGCCGGUGUUGUAGCCUCACACAUGCUGGUGUCCUGCCUGUCUCUUCUCAACGAGAGGACAAAGUACCGCCCGGAACCACUCUACCUCGCCAGCAUCGUGCCAGCUUACUUCAUUAUGAUCCUCAUGGCCGUCGUGGCCUUCUUCGUGGCAGGCGGGUCUCUCCAGAAUGUACAGAAUGCCUUCAAGUGCAGGAAAGGGAGAUAUGAAAUGGAAUGAAGAAUGGUGUAGGAUGAUCCUAUUCCUCAAAGCAUGGAAGAGUUAUCAUGUGAAAUUAUCAUUAUGAAGCUAGGCUCUGCACAAUCUGUUGACACCUUUUGAAUUCUUUUCCCUGAAAAUUAUGUUUGUAUAUUUCCUUCUUUUCUGGAAACAGACAUCUUCUUUGUUUACAUACAGAGAAUGAAGAUUUUUGUCCUGGCUUACAGGCACUUGAUGACACCCAGGAACAACUUCGGAAUCCAGAAACAAGACCUGCCAAACUAUGUAUUUCUUACACUAGCCAGGCCAGCCCAGUGGUCUAAGGCACCACAAUUGGCUGUGCAAAGUCUGACACUUGAUUCUCUGGUUCUGGCUUCAAAUAUGAGAAUGACCCCAGAUGUGAUCCUUGGUUUGUUGGUAACAUGCUCAGUAAACCUCGACCACUGGUGUUCUUAUAAGGAAUAAUGUGCGGCUUAUUAAGGACAAGGUGUUUUGAUUUAUUUCAUAUUUGAAUUUUUUUUUUUUUUUAUUAUAUACAAACUCUCUGUACCAAUGUGGCACCACAUUUAAGUCAUGGGGACAGUCAGUCCUGUAUUCAGAAGCACAUGUCCAGUGAGCUCUUGCAGCAUGAACCUAUAUGAGAUAUCAUUGAUCCUGGUGACUACGUGACAAGGAGUGUGGCCUGGCUGGCUGGCCGCUGUGUGGAGCAGCAUGCUCCUCAUGUGGAGCCUUCAUCAUGUUGAUGGGCAGAUCAAUAUUUUCUGUAAUUUCACAUUCAUAUUUUGACUAAUGUAUAUAUUCCAUUUUAAUUAUUUUGUUCCCAGCAAUUGUACAGUGUUGUAUAAUGAGUGUUUUGUUGAUUGUUUGUAUCCAUUCAUGGACUGUGAUGAGGACACACCUUUCUGUCUGUGGAUGUUUUGUAUGUCCGGCACAGCAGAUAUGUUUGCAAUCAACCUAUGUACAACUGCAACUAAAAGUGUUCUUUGUACCAUUAUAGAGAUUAUGUUAAGACUUAGUAUUUUUGGACAUUUUGGUCGUCAACACAGCGUCUGUAAUGAUUAUAAGGAUCAAACCGCUGUCUUUUCCAUUAUCUUUACAGAGAGGUGUAUGAUUUGGAUCACCGCAAACUUGAACAGAUUUAUUAAUGGCAAACUUCAAAUGACUUCAAACUUGAAAUAGAUGCCAUUUGUCCCUAACAUUAUUAAAUAUUUGUUGCGUUCCUCAAAGUCAAACAUCUUUUAUCUUCCUUUCCAAUGACUUACCUUUCCCAAAACACCAGUUGUAUGCUACACAGUCUCAUUGGUUCACAGGGACCAACAAUUAACCCUUCUCCUGGGGACUCUGGUGUCCAGUGGGAUGCGAUGCAGGACAGUGUCGGUAUCAAUACAGACCUACCCAUGUUUCUUGGAGCAUCUUUGUUCAAUGUUCACCUUAGGAUUGAAAAAUCUGGAUGUAUCAGAAUUAUCUUUGUUUUCUUAUUAUAUUAUGUCCCUUGAAUAGGAAUUCAUUGAAAUGUAUGUGGUCCCAUGUUGUUAUUUUGAAACUGGUCUAUUGUGUUGAAAGUAUGGGUGACCCAGUGUUCCUACCUGUCUGUCUGUGGGUUCCAACACAGUUGUAACCCCUGGAAAUGGUCUUUCGUUUGAAUGCACCCAACUCAUAGUAUUCAAUAUCUGUGACCCAUGUCAUCUUUGGGCUUUCUUCCCAGAUUGAUAUCCUACUUAUUUGACUGAAAUACUUUUAUAUUUCCAAUGUAACUCACUCUUUCCAUGGUCGAAGUAAAUCCAGAUUUUGAAUUACAGCUUCAGGAAUUUCAAUGUACUCAGCAUCUUCCCGAGGCAAGGGAGAUAACUGACCAUAACAGUCCAGUUUCCACCCUUGCCGAACUAGGAUGGAAUUCCGGAGUUAUAGUUUGGCUGGACAAACCAGUUUAUGCAUAGUCCAAUCAAAAUUGCGUAAUCAACUAGUCACCAAGUUCAUAAACAACAUGGAUUUCAAAGUGCAGAUUUCGGUCGACUGCAGGAUUUCCAAAGCAUGUGUUCAAUGAGCUGGUCAUCGACGGAUAUUUUCAAAAUCUUUUCAUGUUUUAAAUCAAGGUGCUCAAGUGAUUUUGCACACCUCGCAAGGUUUUGUAACAAUAUAGAUUGUGAUUAUCGAUCAGAUUUUCUUGACUGAGCGCUGCCAUUUUGUUUGAAGCAUAUGCAAGUGAUAAGAUAGGUGGACUCUUAUUGGUCAAUAGGAGGGACAUAGAAGGGACUUAACUCGUAAUAUCCACUGGUGGCGCUACGAUUGAGCCACGAAAUUGCGGCGUAGUUUGGCGAGGGUGGAAACUGGAGUUUCAGUUAACUCCCUUGCCUCAGGAGGAUGUGUCCUCAGCUGUUGUGUAAUGCAGUGAGAGUUGAUAUUCAGGAGCACAUCCACAGCUAUGUCAGUGCUCAGUUUGUAUAUAGAUCACUAGGUCUAGUCACUCUCAGGAGAGAUUCAGAGGAAUGAGACUUUCAAUACAAAUAUGGUAACAAUUCCUUCAGCUCUGUGUACACAAUUGUUUGAAUUGGUAAGAAAAGUAGAGAAAAUCAAUAUAUAUAUUUGAAUAUUCAUUUAUUUGUUAAAUACAUACAAACAUAACAAUUCUAGAUGAACCUAGAUGAAGCAUUAUGUGAGUGCAUAAGAAGGGCAGUUCUGUGUCUUAGUUGCAGAUAGCAACUGAAUGUUUUUAUAAAAAUUAAUCCUGUGGUCAAUACCAGUUUGCUAAAUGUAGUAUUGAUUUGCUUGUCAAUGCAAAAAACCAAACUUAAUCCUUAUGUUUGCAGAGGUAACUCUAAAGUCUGCGCUUGUUUGUCCGUAUUUCCCCUUGCCAGUGUUCACUGGACAUUGAGAUCCGUUCUAGUGAUGUGUUAGGAUGUGCUUUUGUUUCAUAUGGUGAAGUUGUAUUGAUAGCGUUAAACAUUCCACAAGAAUGAUGUAAUUGUAUUUUGAUAAAGAUAUUUCUGAGUAAAUAAAGUGCUGUGUAUAUA